AUGGCUUGGUUCAGUGCGAAUAUCAGUAACAUCACUUUGGAGAGUGCGCUAUUGGACGAGCCGCGAGAUGAGCGCCUGGCCCAGGUGGAAAUAGUUCUCCUGUUCAUCAUCUUCAUCACUGCGGGGAUCCUAAACUUCGGGCUCCUGUUGGUGCUGUGGAAGCGGAGGAAGCAGCUCUCCAGGAUGCGCAUCUUCGUUUUCCACCUGUGCGUCGCAGACCUGGUGGUCGUAUUCUUCCAAGUUUGCCCGCAACUCAUGUGGGACAUCACUGACAGAUUCAUCGGUCCAGAUAUAUUGUGUCGCGCAGUGAAGUACCUGCAGGUGGUCGGGAUGUUUGCCUCCACUUAUAUGAUAGUGGUGAUGACGAUAGACCGAUAUCAAGCCAUCUGCAGCCCCAUGGUGACUUUCCAGAGGCGCAGGGCGCGCUGGAACGGUCCGGUGUGCGCCGCCUGGUGCGUCUCCCUCAUCGGCAGCCUCCCGCAGGUUUUCAUCUUCUCGCGGGUGGAGGUGGCUCCCGGUGUGUACGACUGCUGGGCGCAGUUCGUCAAGCCGUGGGGGCCGAGAGCCUACGUGACCUGGACGACUCUGGUGAUCUUCGUCCUGCCCGUUCUCACGGUGAUCGUGUGCCAGGUGCGCAUCUGCCGCACCGUGCACGUCAACCUCCACAUGAAGACGCACCACGCCGGAGAGGCGGUCGGUAAGCCGCUGUCCUCGAGGGCCAGCAGCGUGGCAGGCGUGUCCAAGGCCAGGGUGAAGACGGUGAAGAUGACCGUGGUCAUUGUGCUUACCUACAUCAUCUGCUGGACGCCGUUCUUCACCGUGCAGCUCUGGUCUGUCUGGGACGUCGAGGCGCCCACUCAGACUGCAACCUUCACCCUCCUGAUGCUGCUGGCCAGUCUGAACAGCUGUGCAAACCCCUGCAUCUACCUGCUGUUCAGUGGGAAGCUGCCCAGAAGACUGGUGGCCUUAAUGUGCGUGGGCCAGCCUGAUGCGAAGGAGUCCGUGCAGGAGGAGGCCACCGUGGUCAGCUCCGUGUACAUCAGCCUCAAGAGCCUGUCAGACAGCAGAUAAAAGCCUGACGCCUCAGAACAUGCUGUAAAAAUACUGCUCCUUCAUGAGAGAGAUGAAAAAUGUGGCUUAGACAAUUAUGAUCCCCAGCAGAUGAACUGUAAUAACUGUGCUGCCCCAUAACUUUACCUCUAGCAUCAUCAUCAGUUCAAAAUUUAUAUUUCUGCAAUACUUUUGUUUGUGGCCAAAUUCCUGCAAAACUGAUGACAUUCCCAUCAGCCUCAGUUGUGCUUUGAGUUUAGUGCUUAAUAGCAAAUGUUAGCAUGCGAACACGCUAAACUAAGAUGGUGAAAAUGGUAAAAACUCCUGCUAAAUGUGAGCAGGUUAGCUUGCUGACAUUAGCAUUUAGCACAAAGCAGCAGUGCACUUAAGUACAGUCUCAGAGAGGGGCUAGCAUGGCUGUCGAGUCUUACAGUGUAUUCACAUUAUUGCGGAAAAACAGCUUUUGUGCACGUCUCCUCAUUAUUGUGUGUGUUUGCGAAGGCUUCUCGCCGAUGUCCGUGCUGAAAGCUCCGAUUCGCUGAACCCUGGCCGAGCUGGGCUGACCUUUGUGGGUGCAGGCAGCUGCUGCUGACCACCGCUAGAACUGAAAGAUGGGUGAAAAACUAAUCAGCCAACUUGUGUGAUUCCAUUUCCAGGACUGCAAAAUGACCAGCUGGCCGCACGUAAAGACCAGACCAAAAAAAAAAGAUAUUCUCUUGGUGAAAUAUCAGCAUACCAGAUUUGUUACAAAAACACUCGGUGAGUCUCUGAAACAUAGCGAUCAACCACUAGCAACUUAGCAGUGUAGCUAAGGUGCCGACGAGUACAGAAAGCGCAGUGCAAGACCCUUGUUUUUCACUUCCAUUGUGAAUAUGCCCUUAGUUUUGUUUAAUUGUGGCAUACAAUGAUAUUCUUUAAAGUUAACAAAUGGAGCAAACUUUAUUUGGAAUCCACAGCACAACAUGGAGCAGGUUAUUUUGUCAGAAACACAUAAAUAUUGACAAGAAUCAUGAAAUGGUCAAACCGUUUGCAUUAAAGAUGUUACUUCUAUUUCAAUGCAUGUAAUCUUUUUUGACAACGAGGGUUUGCUAGAGCUGACCUUGUGGAAUAGAUGAGUAGUCUUAACUUUCAAAAUGAAUCUAUGUACUUUUUCAUGUGAAAAGUGUCAAAUGUAAAUGUAGUUUAUCCUGCAAAUAUCUAAUAGUUUAUCGUAUGUCAUAUUUCGUGAUGAAUGUGAUUCUUCAGUCUACUUUUCAUCUUUUCUGUAUAUAUGAUCAUAUAUAUGAUAAUGACAGAUAUCGGUUAGUUGUUGGUUAAAAUAGUCUGUUAUGAGACAACAGGUGGGUCCGUGUUUGUUAAAUAUUAAGUAUCUUCAGAUAAGCAGUAAGAUGCUGAUAAAUGUUGCAACAUGUUUACAUUUUUCCAAGACUUUUC